AAACCCAACUCCCUCACCGUCACCCUCACCCGCGGGUUAAACUUCUUGCGGUGUACGGCUUCUUUCUCUCUCCUCUGUGGAGUGCGAAUCCACUCGGCCACGACCCUCUUUGCUUAUCAAACUCAUUAUCUUUCUUUUCUUUUAUUUUUUUCUCUCUCUUUUUAUAUCUGUGUAUUUUUGCUGUUGUGCUGUCGUACCUUGCCGGCGGCGAACGGAGAAGCACAGGCGGAGGGCGGCAUUUUUGUCGGCGGAAGAACCAAUACCAUUUCGGGGUUUGAAUUUAGCUUCCCAAUUGGGGAGAUCCCAUUUGAGAGACUUUAAUUGAUCUGGGGAUCGGAGUAGGAGUUGGGUGAGAUUAGAUGCGGCAGAGUCUUUUGGAGAGUGGGGACUUUAUUAUGGUAAUGUGUGAAGAGUUUUGAAGUUUGGGUUUGUUUUUUCUUCCAAUUGGGGUGUUUUGAAUCGAUUUGAUUGAUGGGUUUUUGUUCUAGAUGCACUUAGAUUAAGACACUGGGAUUGAAUCAGGGACGUACUUUGGGUAUUUUGGUUUCUGGGUGUUGGAUUUUCUGAUCAGGCAUUGAUUGAACUCAGGGGAAAUUGGGACGAACUGCUUAGCAGUGGAUCUCGGUUUAGGAGGGGAAAUUGUAGUUGUCCUUUUGUGUGUGUGUAUAAGAUGCAACGGGGGAGAUCGAGAUGUGUAGGAUAGAGAGGAAUAAGUGGACAUUGAAGAGUUCUAUGGCGAUGGGAUUGAAAGCAUUGGGAGAGAGCAAAGUUGAGAAACUGAAGAGUUCAAUGGUGUCUCCAAGGUCGAAGAUGAAGCUAUGGAUGAUCCGUGCAAUGACUUCUAUUUUGCUUUGGACUUGCAUCGUGCAGUUGACUGCCUUGGGGGAGACGUGGGGACCAAGGGUUUUGAAGGGUUGGCCAUCUUGUUUCACUCAAGAAUCUGCAUCUGUGGAUGCGUUUGGUAUCCCCAAUAAACCUGUUCCAGUUCCCCCAAAAAUAGUUCUUCCUCCUAAGAGAAUCUAUAAGAACAAUGGUUACCUGAUGGUCUCUUGCAAUGGGGGACUCAAUCAAAUGAGAGCUGCAAUUUGUGACAUGGUUACAAUUGCAAGAUAUUUGAAUGUGACACUUAUUGUGCCUGAACUAGAUAAAACUUCCUUUUGGGCUGACCCCAGUGAGUUCCAGGACAUAUUUGAUGUGGAACAUUUUAUUACAUCAUUGAGAGAUGAAGUGCGCAUAUUGAAGGAGUUGCCUCCCAGGCUAAAGAAGAGAGUGGAACAGGGAAGGAUUUAUUCCAUGCCACCAAUUAGUUGGUCUGAUAUAUCUUACUACUAUAAUCAGGUCCUUCCUCUUAUUCAAAAACACAAAGUCGUGCAUCUAAAUAGAACUGAUACUCGACUUGCCAACAAUGGUCAACCUAUGGAGAUUCAGAAACUACGAUGCCGAGUGAACUUUAGUGCUCUGAGGUUCACUUCCCAGAUUGAGGAGUUGGGAAGAAAAGUUAUAAAGCUCCUAAGGCAGAAUGGUCCUGUUCUUGUUCUUCAUCUCAGAUAUGAAAUGGACAUGUUAGCAUUUUCUGGGUGCACACAAGGCUGCAAUGAUGAAGAGGUUGAAGAGUUGACAAGAAUGAGAUAUGCUUAUCCCUGGUGGAAAGAAAAAGUAAUAAAUUCCGAGUUGAAAAGGAAAGAUGGUUUGUGUCCAUUAACACCUGAGGAAACUGCACUUACACUGAGGGCACUAGAUAUCGAUCCCAAUAUCCAGAUUUAUAUUGCUGCUGGGGAAAUAUAUGGUGGCGACAGGAGAAUGGCUGCUCUUGCAAAGGCUUUUCCAAAAUUGGUAAGAAAGGAGACUUUGUUGGAACCUUCAGAACUUAGGUUCUUUCAGAAUCAUUCAUCUCAGAUGUCAGCAUUAGAUUAUCUUGUUUCCUUGGAAAGUGAUAUAUUUGUUCCUACAUAUGAUGGAAACAUGGCAAAAGUUGUUGAAGGUCACCGCAGAUUUCUGGGGUUUAAGAAGACAAUCUUAUUGGACAGAAGGGUACUUGUAGAUCUGAUAGAUCAAUACAACAGAGAAUUGCUUAACUGGGAUGAAUUUUCAUCUGCAGUGAAAGAAGCUCAUGCAACUCGCUGGGGGAGCCCUACCAAGAGAUUGGUCAUCCCAGACAAGCCUAAAGAAGAAGAUUAUUUCUAUUCUAACCCUGAAGAAUGUCUGCAAUUUUCGAAGGAAGGAUUGAGUAGUACAUGAUUUACAUAAAUAUGCGGAGUUUGUGAUUACAUUCCACCAUUGCUCUCUCAGCUCUAGAUUUUAUUACCAAAGAGAUAUUUAAAAUAGAGUUCCCCCACAUGCAUUCUGGAAACUAUGAGAGGUCAACUUCAAAAGAAUCAUACAGAAUCUGUGGAUUCAGCUGGAGAACAUGUUUGAUGUUAAUGCUAUAUGCAAUUCCUGUAUAGAAGAAGAAGAAGAAGCUAACCUGCCAUUUGGAGAAGAAGACAGCAGGUGAAGUUAGAUUGUACACAGAAGAAGACGCAAAUACGAAUGCGGUUUAGUGCAUCUACAAUUCAUGUAGGGGAAGGUUAAUCUCCCCCAAUAUUCACGUCUUAUUUUCUUUUCUUUUCUUUUUUUUUCCAAUUUUUUUGUUUCUUCCUUUAUGAUCAACCAUCAAUCAUGUUAUUUCGAUAUGUUAUGUCAUGAUAUACAACAAAAUACAGUAUAUUUUCACAGUUAAACUUUUCUUUCUUCCUGUU